AUGAGAAUUGUGUUAUUAGGAAGAGGAGGUGUUGGAAAAUCUGCCAUCACUAUUCAAUUUUGUCAACAUAUUUUCUAUCCUGAAUACGACCCUAGUAUAGAAGAUUCGUAUAGGAAAACAGCAAUAGUGGAUAACACACAGUUAAUAUUUGAUAUACUGGAUACAGCUUAUUUGGAAUAUUAUUCACCAAUGAAGGAACAAUACAUGCACUAUGCUCAUGCAUUUAUUGUUGUUUGUGAUCUUACAGAUAGGCCAACACUCGUGGAGGUCAACUCUGCAGUUAAUGAUCUAGUUUUAGCACAAGAUAGAGAAGUGAAUGAUAUGCCUAUUGUGUUUGCCUUGAACAAGAUUGAUUUAUUGAACGAUUCAGAUAAAAAACUAGCCACAGAGGAAUUUAGUUCUGAAAUUAGGAAAAUAGUGAAUGAAUUUUCAUUGACGAAUUGGAAAAUUAUGGAAUGUAGUGCAAAGCAAAGGCAAAAUAUUGAUGAAAUAUUUAUGGAUCUAGCCAGAAGAAGGCAAUACUAUGAUAUUGUCGAUGAUUUCACGCUUUUGCAGAAUAUUACUCUCGAAAAUAGUCAAAAGAAAUCAAUCUCAGAACAUUCAAGACACAAGAAAUGUUCUCUAAUGUAA